UAAUUGAUUUUUAAAUUUAACUCUGAUUAAGUCGUCAUUUUAAAUAAUUUAAUUAUUUUUGACAGCUGUCAAAAUUUAAAUGAGCGCGCGUGUAACUGACAGGUGGGAAUUUUUUAAAUUUUUUAAUAAAUAAAUAAAAUGUAAGUAAAAUAAAAAUUUAGAUAAACGUGAAAUCCCUACGCGCAUUUUUUUAAAUUUCAUUAUUUCAAAUUUUUAAAUUCUUUCGUGUCUGCUACAUUCACGGUCAUGUGAUGUAAGUUGACAGACAAUCAAUUUUCUGAUUUUUUUUAACAAAUCAAUUGAAAAAAAAGAAAAAAAAAAUAUGCACAUGUAGAAAAUUCAAAAAACUAUAGGUGCAAUUUUUUCAAAUAUUUUUUUUUUAUAAUUUAUUGUUUUGAGACAAAAUUUAAAAAUUAGACGUCGGCUAACUUCAGUGUCAUUUUAUUUAUUUAUUUAAAAUUCAAAAAUUGUCUGUCUGCUACAUUCACACGUGAAACGAACUGUCAGAUAAAUAAUGGAAUGAUUUGCAAUAAUUUUAAAAAACAAUUUGUGUAAAAAUGUUUAAAAAAUACAGAUGACAGUUGGAGUUGAGGUUAUGUCAGAUAAAAAAUUUUAAUCAAUGAUGAGUUCGUCAUAUGUAUCACGAGUGAACCAACUGGAUGCUGGAAAAUUAGACGAUGAAAUAUUUCGUAUAUUUUCAACAAAAAUCCAUGAGUCUUCACAGCUAUUUGCCCCAGGUGUCAUUGAGAGAUGGAGUCCGGAGAUAAACGCCAGUCUGCGGACGAUCAUAUGGGUGUGGACUUUGAUUCGAGGUAAAUCGACACUUGGACAGAAGUUAUUAAAUUUAACAUACGCAGAUUUAACAAAAAACAAGGCGGUGCUGCUGGUGCUGAUGUCGGUGGUGCCUCAUUACCUCGAAGAAAAAUAUUUAGAUCCUAAUAGAUUAGUCAGCGCACGGACGAAACCGUUCGUUAAAUACCUAGACGUCAUGUCAACUGCAGUUAGUGCGCUGAGUUUUUCGAACCUGCUCAUUUUUUUACACCGUGGAAGUCAGCCGUUCCUCAGAGAACGUCUGCUGGGAAUCCGCAGCUGCAAUGUUACCAGCCACGUGUUCCGUGAUAUUGGAUACUCGUUCAUGAUAAGGGAACUACUGUGGCACGGUUUGAUAAAUAUAUUCAGCACCGGUUUGCCCAUGAUCAAUUACCAUUACAUGCGACAACUAUUCCGUAAAUUAUUCCCGAAAUCUAAGGCUGUGAUAAACGAAACCCCUAGCAUGGACUUAAAUACCCUCUGUCCCUAUUGCAAUCUUACUCCAGUGCUACCUCGACACGCUGGCUGCUGUCAUCUUUACUGUUACUACUGUAUGCAAGCGCACUUUACUGCUGCUGAGAGCUUUGAUUGUCUUGCCUGUGGUGCUGAGUUACAUCGUGACAAUAUGAAAGCUUAUAUUGUUUUACCUGAUCAUAAAUAAAUUUUUAAAUAACACGACCCAGAAACAAAAUGUCAAUUAUUAUGCCUCUACCUCACCAAGUGAUACGAGCAUUGGAGAUCUUCAAUCAUCAGAUCCUUCUUACCGUAGGAUGAUUUUUAUACUGAUAAUGUUGUUGAAUUUGAAUUAUUUUGAAACAAGAUAUUUUUUUACGACUUAGAAUUAAUUAAAGGUAAGAGACCCAGUACCCGAUCGGGGAACUAGUACCCGAUCACUCAUAUAUUUGAAUAUUUAUAUUUACUAAGUAGAGAUAUACAAAUAGAUGGAGUACUAACAUUUACUUUAUUUACAAAUAAAAUUAAUGCAGUUUCAUGAUACCAGCAUCGAAACUUAGUUUCAGUGUCUCUACGCAGUCGAAACAAAGCUAAUUUCAGUCCAAGGCAAUGAAUAUCAGCAAAUGCGUAAAUUCUGAAUGCCUUCAGUCAGCGGGCACAGACAAACUUUAGUCCCGAGGGAACAAACAAAAUAUUUCUGCCCGCUGACUGAAGGCUUCCGUAAUUUAAACUCUGAUACUUGUCAUUUAAUAGUAAUUUCAUUUACGUAAAUGACAGUUCUGACUGUGAUUAAGUUUUAUAAAAAUUAUUGUGAAUAAAUAGUAUUUAGUUUCUGCUUAAUUAUAAAUUGCAAAUGACAAUUUACGCUUACGCUAACAGUCUGUCUUAAAUUAACUUGUAUCUGACACUGAAAUUUUAAGUCCCAAUGCCGAUAAUCAUAAAAAAUCUAGUGGAUCUCAGGAUGAAAGACGAUUUCAGUCUGCGGGUGGUCAGCCACCCGGAUCUGAAAUCGUUUUGUUUCAUCCCUUGUCACAAUUUACUAUUUAUAAUAAAAAUAGUGUAAUUAUCAAGUGUCCCAAUAGCUGACCUGUCAGCCUAUUGAUGUUAAUUUAAAUAAAUUAAUGUUUUAUUUAUCUUGCGACUAAUAAUUUUUAUUUAAAUAAAUAAACUGUAUAUA